AACAAAACGAAGAGACCAGAACUGGGUUUUACAGAUUCUCAAUUCUUCAGAAAUGGGUAUUGAAGACGGUAAGCGAAUUCGGAAACCCAAAGAAGAAAACCAUGAUAAGCCAAAGAGCAUACCAGUCCUGCCAUGGAUGCGAACCCCAAUUGACGUCAGCGCCCUGGACGAAAAACCCCUCUCUCUCCUCCCUCGCCUUGACCCCAGGUUGAAGGAGGCUUUGGAGAAGAUGAGAAUCUCGUCCCUUUACCCAGUUCAGGUUGGUGUUUGGGAAGAGACUAUUGGGCCUGGUGGGUUUCAGCGCGACUUGUGUGUUAACUCACCUACUGGUAGUGGGAAAACUCUGGCUUAUGCUUUGCCAAUUGUGCAAGCUUUGUCUACUCGCAAUGUUAAAUGUCUGCGUGCUCUAGUUGUGUUGCCAACUCAUGAUUUAGCUCUGCAGGUCAAAGAUGUGUUUUCCGCAAUUGCUCCUGCAGUGGGAUUGUCGGUUGGUCUUGCAGUUGGCCAGUCUUCAAUUGCCAAUGAGAUUUCGGAACUUAUUGAUAAGCCUAAGCUUGAGUUUGGCGUUUCUUUUGACCAAGAGAAUCGUGUGCCUCAAUUACGUAGUGCAGUGGACAUAUUGGUGGCUACGCCCGGAAGGCUGAUGGACCAUAUUAAUAACACGAAGGGAUUUACGCUUGAGCAUCUCUGUUAUCUUGUGGUUGAUGAAACAGAUCGAUUACUCAGGGAGGCAUACCAAAAUUGGCUACCCAUUGUGCUUCAGUUAACUCGCUUUGAUGAUGAUGGUUUAUUUCCUCGUGCUCAAAAUUUUCAACCUUCAGCAUUUGGUUCCUUCAGAACCAUAAGGAGAUCUGGUCUAGAGAGGGGGUUUAGGGGUGAACCUUACCCCAGGCUUGUGAAGAUGGUUCUUUCUGCCACUUUGACCCAGGAUCCAAGCAAGCUAGCUCAACUUGAUCUGCAUCAUCCUUUAUUCUUGACAACUGGAGAAAUGCGUUAUCGGCUUCCAGAAACAUUGAAGUCCUACACAGUGUUCUGUGAAGCAAAAUACAAACCAUUGUAUUUGGUUGCGCUCCUGCAAAGUUUGGGAGAUGAGAAGUCCAUCGUUUUUACAUCAUCAGUGGAGUCGACUCAUCGUCUAUGCACCUUACUGAACUUUUUUGAGGAACUGCCUUUCAAGAUAAAGGAGUAUUCACGCGUUCAACGACAUCGAAGCAAGACAUUGGAGGCAUUUCGGAAAGGAAAGAUUCAAGUACUUGUUUCAACUGAUGCAAUGACUCGUGGAAUGGAUGUUGAAGGGGUAAAAAAUGUAAUUAACUAUGAUAUGCCUGCCUACAUAAAGACUUAUGUUCACCGUGCGGGACGGACAGCAAGAGCUGGCCAAACUGGCUGCUGCUAUUCAUUGUUGCGUGAGAAAGAGGUUCAGCGAUUCUACAAGAUGUUACGGAAAGCUGAGAAUAAUUUCUGCUCCAAGCACUCUAUUCCUUCUAAUUACAUUGAACCGCUCCAUGGUGUCUACGAAUCUGCGAAGGAGAAACUGAAGGAGGUAGUUGAAAUGGAAUCAUCAAAGAAGAGGCAAGUUGGUUCUAAGUUUGCUCGUGUGACGAAAGGAAAAGAAACCCAAUCUGCGAAGGAAAGUGACCAUUGAAGCAAGUCCUUGGGCCUUUCUAUCUGUGUUCAAAUCUCUGGUGUAUGAGAAGCAAGUGACAUUCCUAUCUGGGCAAGUUGACUGCAGACUAAUAUAUAGGAGACGUCUUAUAAACUUAAUGUUCAGGGACAUAGUACCAAGACAAUGUACGCUGAAAUUUUGACCUGCUUCAUGUAUAAUCAAUUUGUAUCCCUGUUCAAGAUCCUAUAGUAAACAUUCUGGGGUUUAAUGAAGCGCCUGAGUGUAUACUAGAUGUGCUUGCUUAUGAUUGUAAACACCUCGAUUGAGGUCCCAUCAAUACAAGUUCUUUCUUUGAUUCAAAAAGAA